AUGGUUUUUCCGGGAAGGCUGAGCACCGGCUGCUUUGUAUGCCGUAAGCGGAAGGUCAAGUGCGACGGCGAAAAACCCGCGUGUCGCCGUUGUGUAGCACAUAACAGAUAUUGUACAGGCUAUCCUGCUGCUUUUGCAUUUCGAGCCUACAAGCCCAAAUCGACACAAACCACUUCGGGGAACAAGACGCACAGUUCAGCUAACUCCAGCCGAGAGCAUAGGAGCGAAGCUCCAACUGAUGCCGUAGGCUCUAAGGGAUCCAAAUUAUCAUUAUGCUCCACUGCCCUGACCCCCGCAGCGCCGGGACCAUUAUUACCCACUCUUGCCCCUUGCUGGGAGUCCCAGUCCCUCGGCUACUUUUACGAUCAGCAUGUCCUUCACGCCCAAAGAUCUCCAUGCGAAGGUCAUCUCGCAUUCCUCCCAGACUUGCUGCGCGAGAAAGGGAAUGAUCCUUGCUUGAAGCAUGCCGUGCUCAGCGUCUCAUAUCUGUCCCUGCAUAAUGCAUCCCGACGUGGAGAGCUGCAUGCUAAUGCGCGUCGGCACUACGGAAUGGCCUUGACAUCCCUUAUCACUGCACUCAGUAUUGAAGGGGCUUAUAUGAAAGAUGAGGUCUUUGCAGCGGCACUCUUCUUGAGCAUGUUUCUUGAUAUGAGCGGUGAUCGCAACGACGCCAUAAACCCUCACAUCCCCGGUAUCUAUUCUCUGAUGCAACUCCGAGGGAGGCCGCCGCAGACUAGCAAGUAUGGACGUGAUCUCUUCGGCUGGGCCUUUACUCAAACCCAAAUCCAGGCUGUAGCCAACAACCAAUACCAGUACGCUUCCUUACCCUCGUCGAUCAACAUGAUCUAUGAGCCGGACUUUGUUUAUCGCUCGGGCAUCAUCACGGGGAAAAUAUCCGAAUUCUGUCAGUCCGCGCAACGAACACGGGCAUCUCUGAGACACGAUGCAAAGCUAAUAAAAUCACUCCACUCUAUCCUGUGGCGGGCACAUUGCAUCCUGGAUGAGAUUGACACCUGGAACGAACGAAUACCCAGUCACUGGAGACGUCAAUACCUCGAUAGCAGCCCGCAAGAUAGCCCUUUCAGAGCGCAGCAGAACCCGUGCGACCGGUGGUCCACGUGCUUUCUUGCCGUCGUACAAGCAACUCAAAUCGUGUUCUACGUUCAAGUCAUAGCAUGCUGUGAUAAACUUGAUGAUCUGAAGGAAAUGCUAAUUGACGUCCCCCCAUGCCGGUUUAAAAGAGAUCCUGACAGCGAAGAUGAAUCAUCAGACGAGGGUCCACAUGGUCACGCACCAUUUUAUGACAUUGACUUCGAAGGUCGCAUUGAGGAUCUAACAGAUUUAAUCUGCUCGACUAUAAAUUCCAAUCUGGGUCAGAUCAACCCGGUCACGGGCGCAUUUCAACUCCAUUCACAUAGCAAGUUAGCGAAUAGCUCGACAUUGCUCUGGCCAAUGUGGCUGGUGUCUACUUCUCCCUACUCCACAGAUGAGCAGGUCUCUCUUUGUCAAAAGGGGCUACAAUGUAUCGGAACGACCAUGGGAUACCGCCUUGCAUCCGUGCUGAGUGGCAAUGCAAGUCCGCUUUCGCCGUUUGGAGCUGCCAAGAGUGUGAACAUGUCAGCCUCUGCCAAUAAAUAA